AAACCCUCGCCUAUAUAUGCUCCCCUGUCUCGCCCGACGCACACCCCCUCGCUCUCGCCAUCUCCCCUUCCUUCUCUCUCUCCUCCCGGCUCUCGAUUCUCUGUAGGUACGAUCCGAAGGGAAGCUCCGCCGCGCAUCUCCAGCCAUGUUGGUCUACCAGGAUCUCCUCACCGGUGAUGAGCUUCUCUCGGAUUCGUUCCCCUACAAGGAAUUGUUUGAAGGAGUGCUGUGGGAAGUUGAGGGAAAGUGGGUUAUUCAGGGUGCAGUUGACUUUGACAUUGGUGCUAAUCCCUCGGCUGAGGGUGGCGGCGAGGACGAAGGCGUUGAUGAUCAAGUUGUCAAGGUGGUUGACAUCGUUGACACAUUCAGACUCCAGGAGCAACCCCCUUUUGACAAGAAGCAAUUCGUCACCUUCAUAAAGAGGUACAUCAAGUUGUUGACACCCAAGCUGGAGGGGGAGAACCAAGAACAGUUCAAGAAGAACAUUGAGGCAGCGACCAAGUUCCUUCUUUCUAAGCUUAGCGACCUUCAGUUCUUCGUUGGCGAGAGCAUGCAUGAUGAUGGCAGUCUGGUUUUUGCUCACUACAAGGAAGGUGCCACCGACCCGACCUUUUUGUAUUUUGGUCAUGGUCUGAAGGAAAUCAAGUGCUAAGAAACCGGGGGAUGCUGCCAAGUUAACCUAUGUGUUUUCUGUAGUUUUAGCUAUUUAUUGAAGGACGUUUAUUUGGAUGUUCUGUAUUGGAUGACUCACGGCUUCAAUAGGCCUGGUGUUUUGAUCGAAUGUUACUCUUGUGGUUUGAUGCGUCGUUUCUUCGAAAAUUCCUCUUUUAUUAACUUUUCA